AUGGUUGUCUUCCUUGUUAAUGACCAUGAACCCCAGCUGAUGCAGGGUGGAUUUCAGAGCUCGGAGUGUAAGGCAGAGGCCUGGGACCGUUUGCCCAGGGAAGUCACCAGUGUUACUGGUAUCCUCUACACAGAACUGAUUCAGUCUAAGGGUGUUACACCUUGGAGAUUUCUAAAAUACUUCAGACGCACAUCAGAAGCAGCAGAGAUCAUCAAGGAUAGAGGCCCCUAUGUGCAUUAUCUGGAAAGAACCUUGCAUGAUUGUGGGGUACUGCUGAUGGAAACUUGGCAGCUGAACAUCUCGAGGAAUGAUACAAGUGGUUUGGAGUUCACAACUUAUGUUACAGUUUCCCCUUCCAUCUUCUCUGAUAUUGCCAACGGCAGCACAUUUCAUGGUUUCCCUUAUGAAUGUCUCUACACUUCCUACCUCAUAGUGCUACCCACCUGGAUUAUUUUGCUCGUUCUUGGCCUGCCACCCAAUGUGAUUGCUCUGUGGGUCUUUAUUAAGCAAAAAGCUUGGAACUCCUCAAUGAGCAUUUUUCUUUUGAAUUUGGCAAUAAAGGAUGUCUUAUUCUGCCUACUUACUCCAUUGCAGAUAGCAUCUACAUUUGUAAAUAACACAACACUACAAGAAGCUGUUUUUGACAUUGUUAUUGCAAACAUGAUUGCGGGCAUCAUCUUUUUGACAUGUGUAUGUGUUGAACGAUAUAUCGCAGUUGUACAUCCACUCAAAUCUCUCCAGCUAGCCAGUGUUAAGAACAGAAUUAUUGCUUCUGUGGUAAUAUGGACUAUUGUAGUUUUCAGCGCCAUGCCAAUUCCCUAUGGCAAAUAUCCAAAGCUACUUUUUAUUUUCCUGCUUAUAUUUUUGAUUGCAUUAGUCACAAUACUCUUCUGCAGUAUUUCUGUUGUAGUAAACUUAUUGCGGGUCUCACCUGGGGGACAGGAAAUCCACCCCAUGAAAAAAAGGGCCAUGAGGUCUGUCUUGAUAUCACUUAUUGUUUCACUUGCCUCCUUUGGUCCUUUCUUCAGUUAUGUUAUGAUGUUCACAAUUGCUGAAAAUCUGAACUUGCUGGAUUCCUCAUAUUGCCGCUAUUUCAAUGUAUCAUUGUGCUUGGUUAGCUUAAGUAGUGUACUUGACCCAAUAGUUUAUGUACUCAUGGGGGAAAAAUUCAACUUCCGCAGUCUUUGCUGCUGUUGCAAAGAAGAGUCACAAAGCCCACAACAAUAAACUUGCUAUUUCUUAUCAAACAGAAUUGCAGCUGCUUUGGUCUUUGCAUAAAUCCCAAUUGGAUCUUUGUUCAUAGGCAUUUGUAAUGCAGAAGUCUAAAUCUGAGAGUGAGCAGGAGUCACAGACAUAGUGGUGGGAAAGUAAAUCAAUCUCCUGGGGAUUCAAUUUUGUUCGUUUGGAAUUUCCAGACCUGCUGAACACUGCUGCCUGCUUGACUGCAGAUAAGAAUGUAGGUAUAAUGUCAUGAGGAGGAGGUGCAGGAUAGCACUAUGCUUAGUGUGGUUGUUUACUCCUGAGUACAUCCAUGGAGUCUGCAUAUGUAAGGACCAGGCUCCCAAAAUGUACACACGAUGAAUGCAAAGCUGAAUACCACCUCCAUGCAGCCAGUGCACCAAAAAGAAUUAUUUUCUCAAGAACUGAUAUGCGCAGCAUUACAUCUUGCUUACAACUUCUUGUAUCAUGUGGUAAGAAGAGCUCGCAGCUGGAAGGACAUCCACAAUCGCUCUAACAAAGUGGUAGACAAUGGAGUCAGUAUGAUCAGGGACUAGUAAGAAGGAGGUUGAUCUGAAAGCCCCCAAAAGACCAUUUUCAAUUUAGAAUGUCCCCCUGUUAAUGGUUGCACUUUAUGGAACCAUGUGGCUAGAAGUAAUGUCACCAUCAGACACAAGCUGCUAAAUAUUACUUAAAAUUAAUGUAUCCAUAGCAAUCAAGUCUUUCAGUUCAAAUGAAUGUAACACAGCUGAUGCAACCAUUUGGCACCAAUACAUUUCUAGUUCAUCAAAUAAUUCAUCCAGUUGGAACAUACAAUAGUUUUCCCACAUACAGAUUCAGUAUCAACAAUAGUUUCUUGUAUAAUCAAUAUGUGAUUAUUUGAUCCCAAAACAUCUAAUACCUUGGGAGGUCACCACUCAAACCACUCCAAAGCAAGUCCACCUACACAAUCUGAUGUGAAGGCAAGCCUCGUAGCCCCAAAUUAUAUACACAAGUGUGUGUGUGUGUGUGUGUGUGUGUGUGUGUGUGUGUGUGU